CUAGAAAAGCGUGUCCCUUCAUAACCAGUCAAGCGAUACUUUGACUUCAACACUCCAGGAAUGGAAAUCCCCUGAUCGUUUAUAACUAUAAUAUUCAAUUUUUCCAAAGCAUGAAACCUUCACAUUAUGUAAGCAUUUUCCUUAUUUUUGUUAUAUUUAUAUGUUUUUGUGAAAGUUUUUUGGAGAAACGGAAAUCGUUAGACAGAGAAAUGUGGACUUUCCGGAAUCGUCGAAGAAUGAAAAAGACAGCAGAAAAACAUACCAAGAAUAAUAAGAAAACACAUCAACAUUCACAUCAAAAAAUUCAAUGGGAAAUUAAAGGGAAAAUGCAUCCAAAAGAUAUCACGGAACACGUGAAAAGACCACCUGGACCAAUAAGAAAGACCGAACAUCACGUGCAAAAAUACCAAGGACCAAUAAGAAUGAAUUCUUAUCACAUGCAAGGACCAGUACAAAUUUUAGGAAUGAAUCAUGAUCUCGGGCAAAGUCGAGGCAAACCAAUAGGAAAAGGCUCUAAUCACGUGCAAGGAGCAUCGGGACCAAUGCCCAAGAACACUUAUCACGUGCCAAGACCAUCAAGGCCAAUGAGCAAUGAUCCUAGCCACGUGCCAUCCAAACCGAUGAGAGAAGACGCUAAACGUAAAUUCCUGGUACUAGCACCAUUCCCGCGCAUGCCUUUAAUCUCUCCACCACUACCCAUGUACAUCCCCGUACCCGUCCCGCAGCCCGUUCCGCAGCCCGUCCCGCAACCCGCAAGCAAAGGCAAGAGUGUGUUAGACAAGAUAUUACAGCUUCAGAUGACACUAAAACUAAUGGCGCUACUAGGGCAGAAGAAUAGUGUUUCGCCUGGGAUUCUUGCUCCCCCACCAGCCCCACCCGGCGUCUUGGCUCCACCACCUGCACCGCCAGGCGUCCUCCCCCCUCCUCCAGCUCCACCGGGGGCCUUGAUACCCCCACCACCGGCCCCGCCCACAUUUAAUAAUAACCAGAAUAUGGGCUACCCUAGCAAUGGGAAUAUGGGCUACCCUAGCAAUGGGAAUAUGGGGUACCCUAGCAACAACAAUAAUAUGGGGUAUCCUAGCAACGGCAAUAUGGGGUAUCCUGGCAACAGAAAUGGAAUGGGGAACAACAUGGGUUACCCAAGCAACGGCAAUGGAAACGGCAAUAUGGGGUAUCCUAGCAACGGAAAUGGUAAUAUGGGGUACCCUAGCAACGGGAAUGGAAUGGGUGACGAGGCUGCUCAGAACAAUGCUGCGUUGGGAGCCGGAGCCAAUCAGGGGGCUCAAGGUAAUUGCAAAUUCCGGUGUCAACAAUGUAACUGUGCGGCGAUGCAGUCAGACCCUGACAUGUUCGACAUGGGGUGCUGUAGUUGUGGGUGUUGUAAGUGUGUGAUGAUUCCAUACCCUGUACCCUCCCCUGCACCAGGCUAUCCUCCGCCCCCACCCUGCCCUGGUCCUUAUGAGUGCCUCUCACCCUACCCUGUUCCCUACCCAUACCCCAGCCCAGUUCCCUAUCCACCGCCACCUGCACCCUACCCACCUCCUUCUGCACCCUACCCAGCACCAUACACACCUCCAUCGCCACCACCACCUCCUUGCCCAGUACCAUGUCCACCUCCACCCCCACCUCCUCCACCGCCACCCUGCCCAGUACCAUGUCCACCCCCUCCCCCACCUCCUCCACCCUCCCCCCCUCCACCGCCACCGCCACCCUGCCCAAUACCAUGCCCAGAGCCUUACCCAGUCCCCGUGCCAAUUCCAGAGCCGUACUAUGUACCAUCCCCUGAGCCUUACCCAGUUCCAGUACCCCUUCCCUAUGCUGUACCCUCACCAGAACCCUACCCUUUCCCAGUAGCUGCCUACCCCGAUCCAUGCCCGGCCCAGUGUCCAGAACAGUCUCCUCAACCAUGCCCUAGCCCAUGUCCAACACCACCGCCACCACCCAUACCAGCACCUUGUCCAAGCCCAUGCCCACCACCACCACCACCGCCACCGCCACCUCCACCUCCCAUACCAGCACCUUGUCCAAGCCCAUGUCCCAGUCCCUGUCCCUCAUCUUGUCCAGCCACGCCCACAACAGCUACUACCUUACGGCAAGGAUAUCAGGGUUGCGCAGGAGGGGUGUGCCCGACUGCAAGCUCAAGACGAACAACCCCAACUGGGCCAACUGUACCUCUACCUGAAUUACUAGUGAAUGAUGGUUGGGAUAGGUGAAUUAGCUAGGAUACUAAGUAUUCUCAUGUCAAAAAUGGGCUGCCCUAGAUAGGUGGAAAUUGUUAGGGAAAAGGCCGAGACAAUGCUUAAUAUACCGAUUGGUAUUAACAAAGUUGUACCUUUAACGUGGUACCAUAGUAUCUGGGACUUCCAUAUCUAAGCCAACGUAUAAGGGGAAUAGCAAAGCUUAAACCUUUUUCUAUCCAUCAUAGAAAUGGGAAAUAUUGCGGAAUAGCAAAGUAAAACCUCUUUUUGCAAAAAUCCUGGUUACUGGCUUUAAGGGGUUUCUCAUUAAUUAACAUCAUAUUUACCUAAGUUAAUAUUUGAGCCAAUAAGCUUUGUAUAUAUGUAAUGUUAUUCUGUAGAGGACAAGAUAUUCUAUUUUUAAAUAACUCCUGUAAAAAGCUGAAACUUAAAUGAAAAUAGUUUGAUAUUUGAGUAGUA